AUGAGACACACACAGAACGCCAAAGAUGGCGGCGUUUCCGGUCGGACCCGUUUGGCCGACGGACGCGGGCGAGGGGGGCGUUUCCGGUCGGACCCGUUUGGCGCACGGACGCGGCAAGAUGGCGGCGCCCAGCGGCCCGCACAUGCGCUGAGCCGGAUCGGGACCAUGAGCGGGCGGACGCUGCUGCACUUCCCGCUCCGCGCUCCAGAUGCGGCCCAGGCGCCUCCGGAAGAGAAGCCGGCGAAGGUCAGGAAGCCCAAGGCCAAGGGCAAGAAAGCCCGGCUCAUCGUGCGUAACCUCAGCUUCAAGUGCUCCGAAGACGAUCUCCGCGCCCUCUUCUCUGCCUUCGGCACCGUCCUGGAGGUGAACAUCCCCCGGAAGCCAGAUGGGAAGAUGCGGGGCUUCGGCUUCGUGCAGUUGCGGACCGUGCUGGAGGCAGGCAAGGCCUUGAAGGCCACCAACAUGACGCAGAUCAAAGGGCGGCCAGUGGCCGUGGACUGGGCCGUGGGCAGGGAGAAGUACAGAGCUACACAGGCAGUGGCACCUCCCCCUGGCAGCUUGGAGGUGAAAGCCAGCAUGGCCCCGGGACAGGAGGGGGGCUCAGAGGAUGCCAGCGAGGAGGAGGAGGAGGAAGAUGAGGACGAAGCCGCGAACCCAGAGCAGUCACCCAGCACACAGGGGCAGCUUGCCCAGGCUGACAGCAGCGAGGAGGAUGAGGACAAAGGCUCGGACGGGAGCACCCUUGAGGAGGAGGAGGAGGAGGAAGAGGACAGCGAGGAUGAGGAAGGUGACACCACGACCAAGAAGGGCAAAAAAGGCAGGAAGCUGCCGUCAGACGUGGCCGAGGGCAAGACGGUCUUUAUCAGGAACCUGUCAUUCGACACGGAGGAGGAGGACCUGGGCGCGCUGCUGGAGCCCUUUGGGGAGCUGCAGUACGUGCGCCUGGUGCUGCACCCCGACACCGAGCACUCCAAAGGCUGUGCCUUUGCCCAGUUCCUGACACAAGAGGCUGCCCAGAAGUGCCUCCAGGCUGCUCAGGAUGAGAGUGAGGCCGGGGGGCUGCGGCUGGACGGACGCCGGCUGCGUGUGGACCUGGCCGUGACCCGCGAGGAGGCGCAGAAGCUGCGGGAGCAGAAGGUGAAGAAGCCGACGGGGACCCGCAACCUGUACCUCGCCCGUGAAGGCUUGAUCCGGGCGGGCACCAAGGCUGCCGAGGGCGUGAGCGACACCGACCUGGCCAAGAGAGCACGGUUCACGGAGCUGAAGUACCAGAAGCUGAAAGACCAGAACAUCUUUGUGUCCUGCACCCGCCUCUGCCUGCACAACCUGCCCAAAGCCCUGGACGACCAGGAGCUGCGACGCCUCCUGCUUCAAGCUGCUGGCGGGGGCCGAGGCGUGCGCCUCAAGGAGUGCCGGGUGAUGCGGGACUUGAAGGCGCGGACAGGCCAGGGCCGGGCACCGUCGCUGGGCUACGCCUUUGCUGAGUUCACAGAGCACGAGCACGCACUGGCCGCCCUGCGCCACACCAACAACAACCCCCAGCUCUUCGGGCCCAACAAGAGACCCAUCGUGGAGUUCUCCCUGGAAGACCGCCGGAAGCUGAAGCUGAAAGAGCAGCGUACCCAGCGCAGCCUGCAAAAGUUGCAACAGCAGCAACAGGCGGCCAAGGCAGCCGGCCCAGCCGCCCCACCGCACAGCCCCCAGGGGCACAAGGGCCGCAGGAGGCAGGCAGAGGUGCCAACAGCCGGGCAGCCAGCCCCCCCAGGGCAGAAGAAGCCCACCAAAGGCCCCAGGGGGCAGAAGGGCACCGGAGGGCUGGAGGCUGCGGCCUCGUGGUCGGGCUUCCAGACCAAGGCAGAGGUGGAGCAAGUGGAGCUGCCCGACGGCAGGAAGCGUCGCAAGGUGCUGGCACUGCCUUCUCACCGGGGGCCCAAGAUCAGGAAGCGCGACAAGGGCAAGACCAAGCUACCACCUGCCAAGAAGCCCAAGGCCAAGGCUGGCCCGCGGCCCCUGGAGAAACCCAAGGUGGUGGCUGCCAAGCAGCAGGCAGCGGGGAAGCAGCGGCGGCCGGCGGGGGGCCAGGCCGAGGCCCGCUUCGAGCAGCUGGUGGAGCAAUACAAAAGGAAGAUCCUGGGGGGCCCCCGCGGCACCCCCAAGCGCAGCAAGUGGUUCGAGAGCUGAGACCCUUGGGGUUGGGGGGUGGGGCAGGGGGGCUUUUGGUCUUGUUUAUUUAAUCUGGUUUUUAAUGGACUUGAUUUUUACCCUGCGAAGCCUCCUGUGUCCUGGCCCCUUGGGCAUGGGACUGAUGUGGCCCCCCUGCCCCCAGGCUGCUGGGCUCUGGGGCAGCCAUG